UGUAUUAAAACAUUCUCUGCCCCUGUUGCCAUUUCAGCACUCUCUAUCUUUUUCUUCAUUCUCUAAUGGCCAACUCAGGCAUUUGGUUGUUGACAUGGUUAAUUAGCUUCUUGUGCUGUGCUUUGCAUGUCAUGGGCGCUGGCCGGGCUGGAAAUGGAUCCACCAGAUUCUUUGAUUUUAAGGUCCAAACCUUAAGAGUCACCAAAUUGUGCAACACAAAGGAGAUUGUGACUAUCAACAAAAGGUUCCCUGGGCCAGUCAUCUACGCUCAAGAAGGCGACAGAAUUAUCGUCAAUCUCACGAAUGAGACACCUUAUAAUGCCACAAUACACUGGCACGGAGUCCGGCAGAGGCGGUCCUGCUGGUUCGACGGGCCGGCUUACAUAACCCAGUGUCCCAUUCAAAGUGGACAGACUUUCAGAUACGAAUUCACUUUGGCGAAGCAGAAGGGUACCCUUUUCUGGCAUGCCCACGUUUCUUGGCUUAGAGCCACUGUUUAUGGCGCCAUUGUUGUCUAUCCCAAAACUGGAGUCCCUUACCCUUUUAAGCGCCCUGAUGAAGAACAUAUCAUAAUUUUAGGGGAGUAUUGGCUUAAGGACAUUGUGCAGCUUGAGAGAGAAGUAAUGGAAAGUGGAGGCAUUCCUCCUCCAGCAGAUGCUUUUACCAUCAAUGGCCACCCAGGUCCCAACUACAAUUGCUCCGCCAAUGAUGUAUUUGAGAUUCAAGUGGUACCCACGAAGACGUACCUGCUGAGGCUAAUAAAUGCAGCUUUAAACAUGGAGAAUUUCUUCGCCAUAGCAAAUCACAAGCUAACUAUCGUCGAAACAGAUGGUGAAUACACCAAGCCAUUCGUCACAGAGCGUGUAAUGCUAGGACCUGGACAGACCAUGAACGUUCUCGUCACAGCAGAUCAGCCCAUAGGAAGAUACUCCAUGGCUAUGGGACCUUACAUGUCUGCCAAGCACGUUCGUUUCCAGAACAUCUCAGCAAUUGCUUACUUUCAAUACCUCGGCGCUGUUCCUCAUACCGAAACAUUACCGGCUAAAUUGCCGAGUUUCAACGACAAUCUGGCAGUGAUGACAGUCAUGGAUGGACUUAGAAGUUUGAAUCCCGUCAAAGUUCCAAAAACGAUGGACGUUAAUCUUUUUGUCACUAUUGGGGUUAACGUUAACAAGUGUGCGUCGAACAACUGCACAGGGCUUAAAAAUGGAACAAUGGCAGCUUCCAUGAACAACAUUAGUUUCGUCAACCCUAGUCUGUCACUUUUAGAAGCUUACUACCACAAAAUUGAUGGGUAUUUUACAGAGGACUUUCCUGGGGCACCCCUUAAAUUCUACGACUUUGUCAAUGGAGCACCCAAUAACAUCCCUAAUGACACACAGGCCAUGAAUGGGACAAGGGCGAAGGUCCUUAAAUAUGGUUCAAGGGUGCAACUUAUAUUGCAGGAUACGGGGACUGUCACCACUGAAAACCAUCCAAUUCAUCUCCACGGCUACAGCUUCUAUGUCGUUGGAUAUGGGACCGGUAAUUACAAUCCACAAACAGCUAAAUUCAACUUGGUAGAUCCACCUUAUAUGAAUACAAUUGGGGUUCCAGUGGGGGGAUGGGCUGCAGUUAGAUUCGUCGCUGAUAAUCCAGGGGUUUGGUUUAUACAUUGCCAUUUUGACAUACACCAGUCAUGGGGAUUAGGAACGGUGUUGAUAGUGAAGAAUGGGAAGGGGAAGAGGGAGAGGUUACAGCGGCCUCCUGCAAAUAUGCCCAGAUGCUAGGAGAGCCGUUGGAUUCAAGUAGAAUUCACAAGGAUGGACGGCUGUGACGUUGCCGAUAUUCUAAAGGAUUUCUUUUGACACACAGGUUUUCAAUAUGGUGUGGACUAAUUUAUUUAAUUUUAUUGGGUGUAAAGUGAUGAGAAAUUAAUUUGUUUAUAAAGUAUACGGCAGUGUGAUAUCCCUUUUUAUUAUUAUUUGGGAAAAUAUAAUUUAAGAGUUUGU